AUGAAUAAUGAAUUUCGGAAGAAGUAUGAAGCAAUGGAAGAUGUUAGGUCGGUCGUAUUGCACUUAAAGGAAUUCUUUGGUGAGAAUGGUCGAACCUCUAGAUAUGAGAUAUCUAAGUUGUACCGUAUGAGGAUGGAUGAGGGAUCAUCGGUUAAUGAUCAUAUUUUGAAAAUGAUAUGGCAUAUAGAAGAAUUGGUUUGGCUGAAUCUUAUCAUGGAUAAUGACUUAGCUGUGGAUUUGAUUCUCCAAUCUUUACCCGAUUCCUUAUAUGGUAUUAUCCAACACUUCCACAUGAAUAAGAUGGAGAAAGCUCUUACUGAGUUACAUAGCAUGCUGAUAGUUUAUGAGAAGGAAAUGCAAAACACUAGGCCAAAUAUAGUGGCUAUGGCUAAGGUUUUUUCUUCAAAGAGUAAGACUGUUUGGAAGAAAAAGAAAUGGGAGAAACCUUUAAAAGCUGUUGUGCAAGUUAAGCUCAAGGUUGAAAAAGAGAAAUGUCAUUACUAUGGUGUCAUGGGGCACUGGAGGAGGAAUUAUAAGAACUACCUCGCAAGUUUGAAGGUCAAGCCCAAGAACCAACCUUACGAAGAAUCUGGAAAUAAGCAGGAUGCUAGAGCAAAAUGA